ACAGGCGCUCAGGAGACACGCUCACUCUGCUGGAGAGUGGUUUGAAGCCGCGAUGGGAGUUACCACAUCCAAGUUUUUAGAGUUCUUGCUACCAGCACCGUUGCACUAAAACAGAGACUUUGCCUUUUGUCUGUCUGCGCUUUUACCCGAGACGUUUCUCUCACAGGAUGUUGAUGAUAUUGGAAAGCCGGGUAAGAUCAUAAAGUCAGUUCUCUCUGAUGAGAGCGACCUCCUCCUCCUCCUCCUCAACACCACCACCACCAACAACACACAAAGGGAACCACGGAACAAGUACUUUUUACACGCUAUCAGAUUAUUUUUGAAUGUCAUAAAGAAGCAGAGGGGGCUGUUUCCAAGACAAAAUGGAUCACUUUGCAGCAGAGUGCCUUGUUUCUAUGUCCAGUCGUGCAAUUGUCCACGCUCCUAAAGGGAAUAGGGAGAUUAAACCAGAAAUCCCGUGCUCCUCCAAGAACGGAGAGGAAAUAAAGGAGCCCUUGGUAAAAGAUAACUCUUCUCUUUUUGUGGUGGCGCGGAUUCUGGCGGAUUUUAACCAGCAGACUCCCAACAAUGUUGCCGACCAGGCAAAAAUAAAGGAUGAGAGCAUGCCGAACCUCAUAGAUGAUGGAAACUCUGCCACACCUACCACCAUCUCCGAUCCUUCGCUCAAACAAAGAGGCAAAAGAUUGAGAGGUCGAAUUGAACAAGAAUCACCUCAGAAAAAGCACAAAUGCCACUAUUCAGGUUGUGAAAAAGUUUAUGGCAAAUCCUCCCACCUCAAAGCCCACCUAAGGACACAUACAGGAGAACGGCCUUUUCCGUGUACAUGGCCCGACUGCAGUAAGAAGUUCGCCCGUUCUGAUGAGCUGGCCCGCCACUACCGCACCCACACAGGGGAGAAGAAGUUUGGCUGCCCGCUCUGCGACAAGCGCUUCAUGCGCAGCGACCACCUGAUGAAGCACGCCCGGCGCCACUCAGAUUUCCAGCCCGGCAUGCUGAAGAGGCCCCACGGCGGCGGCGGCGGCAACACCGUGCGUCCCGGCUCCCUCAGCGACUACAGCCGCUCCGAUGCCUCCAGCCCCACCCUCAGCCCCGCCAACUCGCCUUAAACUGAAACCCGGUCGCACUUUCCGCCUCCAAGCUACGAGGCCUGUGUUUUCUUCAUAACACGUGUGUUGCACAGUUGUCAGCAACCCCCCUUUGCUAAUCCUGCGCUUGCUGUGGUGUACCAUACUGUACAUAACUGCUUAUUGUAGUGCAAUUACUUGUGUGAUCCUAAAAGAAGGUAAUGCCUUUCCCAGAUGGCAAUAUUUACAUUCUGUACCAUAUGUCUGUAUUUUUUUAGCUUCUGACCAUGGCUAGUUGUCCAGCAGUGUUCUCAGUCAACUAAACAAGGGUUAGAAGAAAAAAAAUCAGACACACUGACAAGUCUUAUCAAGUAGUUUUUUUGUUCUUUUUUUCUUGAAUGGGUGAGGAGAAGGGGUACACAUACACCUCAGGAUUGAAGACAGUUGUUUUUUCUGUAGUACCACAGUACGUAACAGUACUCACAUUUACUGCACAAUAAACGCAUCACUUUACUCUGAAAUUCAACAGGGGUUGAAUUUUAUGCCCUGCUCAGGGAUGGCCUUGUUAGCUUGAAAGAAUGAACAUGGUGAAGAGAAACAUACAUAUAGCAGCCUUACACUCAACACAAUUUGCACUCUUUUCCUUUGUUUUUGUUAGUUUUCACUUUCAAGGAAACUAGCCCUGGUCAUACAGUCAUUCAUACACAACUUCAUGUUAUUUUCCCCCUUAUGUGUGUGUGUGAAAUUGCUGUGUGUAAUGAAAACAAUCCCAGAACCCCCCCCACAGCAGUAAACAAAAUAGUCCUGUUCCUCCACUGCAAUGUUAAAAUUCAGUUACCAUUACACUGGGUUAAAUAAGUAUUUCAUUGAACAGCGACGUGCAGCAUGUCCUUUGUAAAUCUGCAUUGGAAGGGUAACAAUCUUUAUUGAGAUACUCACUACUAGGAACCUUUAAAUAGAGACACUUAAGUCUGAAAGCAGCUGUUUUUUCCAUAUUUAGAAAAAAAAAAGCGCUACAGUAUUUCAUGCAAAACCAAGAAAAAGGGACCACAGUUGAAACAAUGUUUAUCCCUCUCACAAGCACAUUGGAAAAAGUACCAAAGACAAGAGUGAAUGAAAGCUUUCUAUUCAGUCUUGUAAGCCAGCCUGCACUGAGGCCUGGCUGUGGCGGUCGGCAGUAUCACAGGUAGAGCCAGACAGCCAGCUCACUUCCCUCCUCCCGACUCUGCCUGUUGUGGCCUCCCUGGAGGAAACAGCUGCAUCCCACAAGAAGCUAUUCACAGCCCACAGGAGGGAUGGGAACAUGCCAUUCCUGGGGAGUACUCCCUAACAUUUCUGGCUCUACCUGUCCUGUCAGAAAACGAAUCUCACAGUAGGGCACCAACCCUGCCAAACCACAGCCCGGGCCUCAGAAAGUUGGGGCAAAUGUAGGCCAGAGUGUUACAGCGGCGCAGGGCAGAGCUGGGUUGGGCUGCAAUGUGGUGGAGGGAACAAAGCAAUUAUCUGCAGGAGGCUGGAAAGACAGGGCAGUUUCUGAUAAAGAGGCAAGUUUUAUCAUGAGCCGAGCAGCAUAGAGGAAGAGACACCCAGUCACAGACGCCCCCAUCGCCCCCUGCCACCACCCACGCACUUCAAGUUUGCUUUGGCCAACAGUGGAAACUGUGGGAAAAUAUGGCUGUAAUUACUGGGUUGAUCCAACCUCUGGGGUAUCCCCUGUUUUUACAAAGAGUAUAAAGAGAAGAGUGUCAACAACAGUACUACCUAUACAAUGCUAGCAGUGUGGGUGGGAUGUAUCCGACUCCACCCUAAGCACAGGGAGAAAUCCUCUAUUACUGCUGGAGUCAAAUUUCAAAAUGCCAAGGAAUAUGUCGCUUCAAAUUCAAACGCGUAGCCUGAGCUCUCAAACAGCUGCUUUUAAACUUCUCGCUGGUAACAAGGGGGGCUUUUAAACUGUUGUAACAACUUUUUGAGCCAAAAUGAACAUAUCAGCAAAGUGUGGGGCUCACCAGCCUCACUUCCUCCUGCCUGUGAAGCUCAGAUGUCCCGUGAGAAAGCUGACUUGUGUUUCUAGACAGACAUGCCUCAAUAAGUCAGGCAAAAGGCACAGUCAACCUUCCAUGCAAAAGGGCACCACUAUCAAAACUGCUGCAGCCCCGCCAGUCUGUGUUAUGCAUACAUUUUCUUUUAAUGCUUCAGCACGAUGAUGGUCAAAAAUAGUUUCAACCAUUGUAGGUUGGUCCUGUCUGACCCCUGCAGACUGUUGCCAAGCUCCAAUGUCAUCAUAAUAAAUUGCAAGCUCGAGCUUCUACCCCACUUCCCACCCCCACCAACCAGGCCAACUCUUUCCCUAUAAUCCUGCGCCUCUCUCUAUAUGCAUGUUAACAAAGUCGCCCUAGCUGUGUAGAGGGUUUCUGGGGCAGACAAGCAGGUGUAAGUGUAUGAAUGGCAAGCCUUGUCCCCCAGUCUCCCCAGCAGCCAUCUCUCUUUAAACUUGUGAAGAAAGCCACACAUAAUUAUCAGCUUUAUCACAUCCUCCAGAAAGAAAACAUCCCCUAUUUAGAUAAAAUGCAGUACUUGCCUCAGUACACCACAUGAAAAAAAAAAACCCUCUCUGUAAGAUGAACUCUGUUAAAUAGUUUCCAGGCUGCAAUAUGACACUUUGAAUGCCACUGAUCAGUAGCUCUCAGUGAGGGAUAGAUAUUUACCGUUUGGGUAUAAUCUUUGAUUUUCAAAAAUUAAUUCUUGAAUUUGCUGUUGAGCAGCUUUUUUUUUUUUUUAGGUUCCUAUCCAUAAACUCACUUUUCUGUUGUAGUCAAUCUUUGACUCUGUCUGUAAUAUUUAUCAUUUUUUUAACAUGCAAGAAAAAAAAAAAUCUUCUAAGUGGCUCACCCUCAAGCAGGUUUCAUAAAUCAUUUCUUAAUCCAUAAUCUGCACAUUUACCUCAGGGUCAACAUCAGCAAAGCGGAUAUGUGAUAGUUUGUGGAUUUUGUCGUUAUAUGCUAACAUCAGUCACUGCACAGUUAAUUUCUGCCAGCCUUCCUGGUGUUCCUGGGUGCAAAGUGCUCACUGCUGGUCAGUGUCCAACCACACUGGAAACACAGGAACUCCUCAGUACAGGCCCAGCUCCUGCCUAGUAUGUCUUCUUACGGUCCUACAAGUCCAGCUACAACUUAGUAAGCACUGGGCACUCUGGAGAUGUUUUUUUUUUUUUUUUUAAAGAAAUUCCCCUUUAAAAACCCUUCACCCUUGGUGUCAGUGGACUCACAGUAGGCUACAUAAAGUUCCUACCGUCUGAUACUAAAAACAAAAAAGACUUGACAGCUCCAAAAAUGUUGAUCCCAGUCUAUCCAUCCAGACUGCACCAUCGACACACGGGCCUCCACAGGCGGUGUGUCUAAUAAUUUUUACUUUCACUGUACCAAAUCUACUUGAAUCAUUCAACACAAAAAGGCCAUUGAACACAGUUUUGUACAUGUCCAUUUUUACUGUACUUGCUUUUGUUGUCAAAUAGUCAUAUUUACUUCUGUGGAGAAAGGUGUACAGUCUCUGCUAUUAUUUGAUUUGAUGUAUGUUUUUUUUUUUUUUUUCAGAUUUUUUUUUCCAUUGUCAUCAGGUCAUUUCAGCAAAUCUUUUGAAUUUAUCAUAGCAUUGUGGUUUUUGUUGGGCUGUUUUAAGGCACCAUUUUUGAAAAAAUAGCAUAAUUUUAGCCCCAUUGAGGGUUCGGCCCUCUUAUCACAAACACUGAAUGCUCUGUUGAUGUCAGGAUACAGGUUAUUGCCGCCUGCUGUCCCAAGAGUCUUCAAGUUAAAAAAUAGACGGGGCGGGGGGAGUGAUGAUAAGAAAGGGAAACCACCAGACCUCUGUGUACAUCAAUUUUUCAGAUAGUGUGACAAAUUUGCUUUAUUGUUUAGCUUCUUUUGAAAGUUUUCCAUAAGCAUAGAGACCACAGCAUUGUGAGUUAGCAAUGUAGUCAUGAAAACUUUUAUUAUUGUGUACUUUUGUCUCAUAUUAAAUGUUUCAUAUUGUAUAUUUUCAAAAUCAUACCUCCUUUUAAAAAUAUUUGACUUCUGUUUUACCUUCAUAUCUUUUUGAAACAUCGAUCAUUUAGCUGAUGUUUGCUAGAUGAGUAGCACAAAUAAUUGGUGGUUUAUUUGUCCCUACUUGAAUGACCUACUUUUUUUUUAAAGAAAACACUGGGCUACAUUAUUUUGUAAUAAUCAUCCCAUAGUGUCAGAGUCCCACAAAUCCUUGUAGAUCCUAAAAUAAUCUUUCUAAGAAAUGAUAAAAAUCUUUUCUUAUUUCAUAAAGCCUAAAAAACAUUAUUUUCAUACUGACAUCCAGCCAUUUGUCUCAGUGGGAAUGUCAUGACGUCUCACAGGCAAGAGACUCUGUCAGCUAUACAUUCCUCUGGAACUAUAGCUGGACAUUUUGUUUUUAAUCCCACUUUAUUUUAACCUGGUAAUCCCACUGAGAUUAAUAAUCUGUCUUUCAACACCUGUGUGAAAGGACAGACUUAAAAUAAUGACAAAACGGAGAUACAAGGUUUCUGCAGGUCAUUAACAACAGACUGGAUUUAUAAGUCACUCAUGAAUGAGUAAUUCUAAAUGUUUUCCAGCAGAAGACCCCAGCUGUUGAAAAGUUAACCUGCUAUUACACGCUAUUAAUCAUUUAUUUUCUGUUAAAUAUGAAAAUUAAUUCAAGUGAACUGGUUUUUGCCUAGUAUGUAAAGAAGUAUCAUUCUUCAUGAAAAUAGUUCAUAUUAAUGACAUGAUUGUAUCACUGAUCAGACAUCUCAACUUUCUGAUUGAAUGACUCAUAAUGACUUAUUACAAAAUACAAGCAUGAUACAUGCAGUUGUGUGCCAAACACAUAAUGGUAAUUCCAUAAAGACGAUUUAAACCUUGAUGGCGCAAAAACUAGCUACUACCGGACAUUAAACAAACUUGUACAGUUUUAUAAAUGUGACAGGUUUUUAUGUUAUGUACAGGAUUGAAUGAAGCAACUUUGCAUAUUUGAUAUGCAAGUGUUCUAAGUUAAGAUGUUUCUUUUCUGCUUUAUGUAAACAUUUUGAUUGUGUAGCUUUAUUUUCAUUGGUUUCCUGUUAUUUAAUUUGUUUCCUUUUCGCUGUACAAUACACAAGCAAUGUAUAAUGGCUUAUUUACGUUUUUUUUUUUUUUUUUUGGACAUAAACAAUCUUAAUGAUAAUGAAAGCCCAACCAUUCCAAAGGAUUGAUAAUUGAAUUUGCUAUAAAUGUGCUGCUUACAUCAAACCGAUGCAUCACUGCAUUUUUGUAGGUUAUGAAUAGAACUCUGUCUUGACUGUGAGGUUUAACAAGUUGUGAGUUGUGCACAAGGUACGUUUUUCAUUGCCAUCGAAUCCCAGGUUUACUCUCUCCUCUCUACUCUGCAGUCUCUUUCCAAAUGAACAACAUGCAUUCAAGAUUUCGAAACAAGAAGACCCAGAGCACAUCUUCCCUCAUUAGAAAUGCCCUAAGGCUUUUUACGGUGGGGAUAGUUGCUAAUCUUCAGGAGGCAGCCAUGAUAGGAUAGAGUGGUUCUCGAGCGGUGAGGACGACCUCACGCUUGAUCAGACAGCAGAAGCCUGGGGUGUUCACACCUCAUCUGACGCUCCGCAGUUUCAAGUUGUAACCAAAGGCUUGGAAGGGAAAGAUGAAUGUUGCAGUAAUUUUGAAACCCAGCCCCAGUUUUGACUCCUGGGUUCAAUUUUAUGUGCUGUAGGUUUUUUGCCGGUCGAUGGAUGUUAUUGAUGUGCUUGACAUGGACCUUUUUCUGAACCUCUGAUAAGCAACUGUUUAUUUAUUAUUAUUUUUUUUUAAUCAGUCACUUGAAUGAACAACCCAUUUUACUCAUGAACAAAACAAGCUCCGAAUGAGUCGACGUCGAGAAACACAAAAGAGAUUGACUGAGUUACCUAAGAACAUGCAGCGAGGCAGGGCCGCAGACCGUUUUCGUCGGUAACCCUCCAGUGACCGCAUGGUCUCGCUCCACUGCCUGAACUGACACUGCACAGCGAACGCUCUCUACAGUAGAAACGCACGCUGACCAUGGUCUUGAUCAAGUGUUGGAUAUGUUUGCCCUCAUAGGAAUUUGUCUGUUGCAGGUUAUUCAGCAUACAGUGCUGUCAAUGGCUUCCCUUUGAUUAUAUGUUCUAUAAUGUAAGACUGGGAGAGAGCCUCUCGCCAGCCUAUUGGUUCUGUACCCUGUACCUGUUUGUCCUCAAUGUACCUCCUCAGUGUGAUGUUAACUUGCUCUCUUGAUACCUCUGUGUGUAUCUCCUCUGCCCAUCACCAUCAGUUGCCUGUUGUAGUGACUCCAUGGUGCUGCUCUCCUCUCCCAGCACCAAUAUAAUCUAUUCUGUAAAUAACUCUGACUCAACUAUGGCCAGUACAUUCUGCAAUGACCUCAAUCUAACUGUCAGGUGUCAUUUUCUUUUCUCAACAAACCAAAAUCACUACACUCAAGUAUUACAGUUGUACAGUUCCUCAGAUUCUAUACACAUUCAAUGUGCUGGUCUAUAGUUGCUCUGCUGUACCUUUUUAUGGCAUUAUUUUUUACAUGUUAGACAAUAUAUUGUGACCAUGUCCUAUGCAAAUAUGAAAAAUAACAGAUUGUUGAAUAAUGUAUGUUGUCAUAACUUGUAUGCAUGAAAUAGUGAAGUUUACAUUUGGAAAUAAAUUGAUAAAAUCA